AAGUAAGGUGGGGAUGUGUGUGAUAGUAAAGGAUUAUUAUGAAUAUUUUUUUCUCUUCUCUCUCAAUCGGAGCGAGCGACUGAUCAUCAUAUCAGUUGUUGGUUUGGUGGGGUUUGGGAUUGGGUUUGCCAACCCCGCAAUCCUAACACCCUCUUUCUUUCUCUCUCCUCCUGAUUUUUAUAUUCCUUCAAAUUCAAUAUCCAAUCUCGCUAGCUACUGUGCUUGGAUCUACCUCUUCUACCAUCCCCACCCUAACCCACAGCCAAAUCCAAUCCCUUUUUUCUUCUUUAUUUAUUUAUUUCUUUAUUAUUAUUAAUCUAAAAUCAAAAGUAGAUCCAUACGACCAAUCGUAUUUCGUCAAAGUUUAUAGUACUACUUCCGGUGGUUCACCACCGGUUGUAUCUUGUCGUUGUGUAGCUCGACCUACGUCAGCUACGCCUGAUUCCCUGUAAAUUUUCAUUUUCUUCCUAUUUCUUUAAUACCCCUCCCAAGUCUUUGUUUUAUCGGAUUUGCCGGUCUUUUAUUCUCUCACUCAAUUCAAUUCCUAGCCCCCAUAUAUUCCGGCUUCUAGAUUUCCUUCUUUUUUGUAUAUUAUAUAAUAAAAUUCUCUCUCUCUCUUUUUAUUAUUUUUAUUUAUUGGAAUUUGUAUACACAGAAAAAGCGCAAACACUCUCUUAAGUAACUAAUAUUCCUUUAGAAUAUUUUUAUCAGUCGUAAAUUUUGACGACUCAAUUAUUGCUACAAACUAUAUAUUUAUUCUCUCUCUAUAUAAAUAGGGUAUAGCAAAACUUAGCAAGCCCACGACUACUUUCUUCAACUUCAACUUCAAUUUUUUUUUUUUUUUUUUUUUUGGGUUUCUAUACAGUUAGUUACUAGAUCGAUCGGCCACUGCAUGAAUUUGAAGAAUGACAAUUCCCAAUUCUUCAUCGAGAACAGAAAAUUCCCAAGAAACAGCCAAAACACACGCCGAGCCGUUGAUACCGGGACUACCAGACGACAUAGCCGAGCUCUGUCUUCUCCACCUUCCAUAUCCGUACCAAGCACUGGUACGUUCCGUCUCGGCUUCCUGGAACAGAGCCAUUAUGGACCCUAGCUUCCUUCUCUCCAGGAAAACUCUCUCCCUCUCCCUUCCUUACCUUUUCAUCUUCGCUUUCAAGAAAUCAACGGCCAGGAUGCAGUGGCAGGCACUCGACCCCCGAUCCGGCCGUUGGUUUGUUUUACCUCCUAUGCCGUGUCCCAAACCCGUGUGCCCACCGAGUUUUGCAUGCGCUUCACUGCCACGUCACGGGAAGCUUCUGGUUUUAGGUGGUAUGCUGUCCGACACCGAAUGUCCCAUGCAGACCACCAUCGUCUACCGUACAUCAACCAAUCAAUGGUCCUUAGCCAAUCCCAUGCCCACACCAAGAUCGUUUUUCGAAGCCGGGAAUAUCAACGGCAAGAUCAUAGCCGUUGGUGGAAGCGGGACGUCAGACAGCGAUUCGAUCAGGACGGUAGAAUGCUACGACCACGAAAACGACACGUGGAAAUCAGUUUCGAAGAUGCCGACGGCAUUAGCCAGAUACGACUCGGCAGUGGUGGGGAACAAGAUGUACGUGACCGAAGGGUGGACGUGGCCUUUCAUGUUUUCACCGAGAGGUGGGGUCUACGACCCUGAUAAAGACACGUGGCAGGAGAUGAGGCCGGGGAUGAGAGAAGGAUGGACGGGGAUAAGCGUGGUGUUGGGGGACAGGCUGUUUGUGAUAUCGGAGCACGGGGACUGUCCGAUGAAAGUGUACGAUCCAGAUGAGGACACGUGGAGGUACGUGGGAGGGGAAAGAUUCCCAUGUGAAGCGCUGAAAAGGCCAUUCGCUGCGAGUGGGUUGGAAGGGAGGAUAUAUGUGGUGGCAUGUGGAUUGAAUGUGGGGAUAGGAAGGGUGUAUGAGGCAGCAAGGAGUGAUUUAAAGGUCGAAUGGCAGGUUUUGCCUGCUCCUAAUGCUUUCCAUGGUUUUUCUCCUUCUAGUUGUCAAUUGCUUUUUGCUUAAUAAUAAUCAUUAUUAAAUUUUCUCUCUCUCUAUAUACAAAUAUUUCUUUU